AUGAUGGUUGAAGAUAAUGAUCAAAAUUACGGGAGGACGACGAACAAAAAUGUUCUUUUGAAAAUUGUUAUAUUAGGCGAUGGAGGUGUGGGUAAAUCAUGCUUGAUGAGCAGAUUUAUAUCCAAUCAUUUUGACGAUCACAACUUCCAUACGAUAGGAGUGGAGUUUAUGAAUAAGAUGAUUGAAGUUAACGGGAAACAGUAUACACUACAGAUAUGGGACACAGCAGGCCAAGAAAGGUUCAAAUCGUUACGAACACCAUUUUAUAGAGGAACAGAUAUUUGUAUAUUGGCCUAUGCAAUUGACGACAGAAGUUCAUUCAACAAUAUAAAGACAUGGCUAAAUGAGUUUCUACAUUAUGCUGGCGUUAAGAAUGGAAUUGAGAAAUUCCCGUUUAUCGUUGUGGGAAAUAAGUCAGACGUGUCAUCAAAAGACAGAGAAGUUUCAUAUGAUCAGCUGAAGCAGUGGUGCGAAGACAACAAAAUAUCAACUUACUUAGAGACAUCGGCAAAAACUGAUAGCAAUGUGGUCGAAGCGUUCUCAUUAUCUGUACAGAGAUGGGCUGAUAUAGAGCAGAAAGCAGAGAAGGAACUUCGCAUGUACCAUCAUCCAGACACGGUCACUCUUAACGGGUCCAGUCCCACUUCAGGUUUCAGAGUCAGUUGCUGUUCACGGAUCCUCGAAAUA